AUGGGUCGAGUUAAACUCCCAAUUAAGAGAAUAGAAAACACGACGAAUCGGCAAGUUACCUUCUCCAAACGUAGAAAUGGGAUCGUUAAAAAGGCUUACGAGCUCUCCGUUCUUUGUGACAUCGACAUUGCUCUCAUCAUGUUCUCUCCCUCUGGUCGUCUCACUCACUUCUCCGGCAAGAGCAGAAUCGAGGAAGUGUUUGCACGUUACAUAAAUCUGCCCGAUCAUGAUAGAGGAUGUGUUGUUCAAAAUAGAGAGUUUUUACUGAGCACCCUUAAGAAACUCAAGAACGAAAGUGACAUAGCCCUUCAACUUGCCAUUCCAGCGGCCAAGAAUUCAGAUGUGGAGGAACUCCGAAGAGAAAUUAGCAACUUGCAACAUCAGCUUCACACGGCUGAACAGCAGUUAAGUAUUUUUGAGCCGGACCCUCUUUUGCUCAAAUCAAUGGAGGAACUUGAAUCAUGUGAGAAGAAUCUUUUGGACGCCUUGAGGCGUGUCAAGCAAAUUAGAAAGGAAAAUAUACAUAAUACCCAUUUAUCCGCCUAUGACCCAUCUAGUGCACAGAUAUACUUGGACACACAAGAUGGACUACCAACAUCAUUUGAAAAUGAGAUCGUUUCUUGGUUACCAGAGAAUGGACACAACCCAACCCAAAUUUGUGUAGGAUCUGAAUCGUCUUGCAUCCCUAUGCGGAACCAAUCCCCAGAGGAAAUUUAUAAUCAGGUACCUUAUGACACAAAUAAUAUAAAUGUGGAUUCAAGCAACAUGGGAGGAUACCACAUAAGCAAUCCAGGUGAUGAUGGGUUACCGUCUUGGCAUCAUUCCUGCUCUGCAACAGAACUCCUCUCUACCUUCAUGCCCCCAACCUCAUUUCCUCCCAUUAAGCAUGAAGUUGCAGGACUAAGCAUUUCAUCAAUGAUGUCGCAGCAGCAGGUAGAGACUGCAUCAAACUACCCACUAGUGCCAUCUAGCAGCGAAGAUGCAAACUGCGAGGGCAAGCUGCCUCAAAUGAAAGUAGAAUGA